AUGCUAGCACUGAUGCACCCGGAGUACGAAUUGGAGCCGCUACUACAUUAUCUAGAGGAUGUCGGUGAGAACACCGACCGGGUCACCGACGCGACUCGAAGGCUCCGAGCAGGGGAAAGGCCAAACCCCAAAAAGGGGCAUCGCAACGGGCCCCCUCCUCACCAGCAGUGGCCGCAGCAUCAGGACUGGCCACCGCAGAACCAAUGGCAGAACGGUUACCAGCGAUAUCCGGCCAACACCCAAUGGGCACACUCGGAGCCAAGGUAUCCAGAGCAACAGGGAUGGCCAUACCCAGCGCCGGAGGCAUAUCCACCGGGUCCCGGUUACCCAUUACCCCGGUUACCGGGACAACCCGCGUGGCCUUCAACAUCAGCAUCGCCCCACCAACAAGCGUCAACCGGUCCCUCCUCUCCAUGGCCCGAAAACAACGUCACCGGUCACAAGGAAACAGCGGGCUACAAUAAUAAUCAGCGCGGACAGGAACAAAAAAAAACGGAACACCUGGAGAAGGCCGUACACAGUGGUGGACCUGCCAAGCGACCACACCACACGGAUAAGGCGACCACACCACACGGAUAA